AACCCAUUCGUCAUCAACAACACUCUUGUGAUGAAGGCUGCACUUCGUUCGCGCCAUCCUGGAACUCAUGGACACUUGUGCUAGUCUGAUUAGCAUACCCAGGACGAAUCAUUGGAGGGGUACGACACUCAGCCAUGUCAACCAGCCCAGGAAGUAACGCCUCGGCGCCCGGCGACCAAGCCGGUUCCAUCGACACUGGCCUUGGGGCAGGUGCUCUACAAGCUUCCGGAUCGACAGUUCUAAAAGCACCCGUUGAUGUUGUCGAAGGAGGCGCUGAUGCUGCUGACGAGGAUGGGCAAGACGCAGUGGAUGAUAGCAGCGUGCCUGUGCCACUUGAUGGGGGCGACAUGACGUACGAGCAAGCAGAGAGGGAUGCGGAGGCAGAAGGCGGUCUUGCAGAUGGGGACGAUGCUAACCCAAUACAGUCAGGCUCAGAGGGAGAGGAAAAUCAAGGUGGAAGCGCAGAGACAAGCUUAAAGAAAAAAAAGAAGAGAAAAGACAGAUCUACAGAAGAGGAGCAGGAAGAGGAGCGAGAAAUGACCCGAGCAGAGGUUUCGCAGGUCCGGAUCAAUGCACAAAUCGACGCCGCCCUCAGCGUCGGCAAGAAGCGACCAAAGAAGCGAAGGACAGGCGAAGAUGAUCUCGAUCAACUGGCCGAUGAAGAAGUGGAGAGGCUCAAGAAUGAUAUGAUCGCUGCAGCCGACGCGGACAUUGAAGCAAAUGAAAAGAAGAGGCCGGCGACAGAGAAACUCAAGCUGCUCCCAAAGGUUGUCAACACAUUGCAAAAAACCCACUUGCAACAAUCAAUCUUGGACAACAAUCUUCUAGAGGGGGUAAAGCGGUGGCUUGAACCUCUGCCGGAUCGCUCCUUACCUGCACUCAACAUUCAGCGGCAAUUUUUUGCAAUCUUGGAGAAACUACAUGUGGACGAGAUAAGUCUCAAAAUGAGCGGUCUAGGCAAGAUUGUGCUCUUCUACAGCAUGUGUCCCCGAGUUGAUGCGAGGAUCAAGAGGAUCGCAGAGAAGCUGAUCGAGGUAUGGUCGCGGCCGAUCUUGAAGCGAUCUGCAUCCUACCGGACACGCAACGUUCCGCAGUCCAACCGAGAAAUCAGGAGGACGUAUCGGAACGAGGCUCAAGAGAUUCAAGCGCAGAUUGAUCCAAAUCGUCGUCACGUCACAGUUCCACAGGCCGUGCAGACAGGGUAUACCUACGCACCUCGGGCUACUGCUGGCGCUGUUGGGCAGGAAGAAAGUCACCAGGCGCGCCUCAUCAACCACAAGAGGCUUAAUGAGUUCAAAGGCAAGCUCAAGGCACACAAAAAAGGCUGAGUGUGUCUUGUGAGAGUUUGCGUCGUGUAUAGUAGGCAUUGGGUAAUCCAUCAUCGUAAAAUUA